CGCCAGCCACCGCGGCCGCACGACACAGCAACACAACACAGCACAACUCACCUACCUCGCACACUCACAACUUUUCAGGAUCUUUUUGAAUGUAGGUCCAAGUUCAACAGCUGCAGCUGCUGUGGUAUCUCAGGAUUAUUGAAGAAGACUGCAGGGCGUUGUGUGGAGGCUCGAGGGGAUUAUUGAAGAAGACUAACUGGCGUUGUGUGGAGGCUCGAGGCGAGAGGGGUUUUGGUGAAGCAUGGCGCACAUGGCCAGGCUCGUGAUGGUGGUCGUCGUGGGGCUGACGCGGGCCCUGCUGUCUCACGGUUGGCUCACACCUCGAACAUCUUACCCUAUGAGUGCAGACGGAAGUUCGGCCAGAGUGACAGCUCACUUUGCUGAUGUCGACAAUGCCAGCACCCUGUUGCUAAGCGACGAUGGCACCACUUUGUACGUGGGGGCACGGAAUGCAAUCGUGUCACUUGACGUUACUAAGCCUGGUGCUCUUAGUCUAAAACACAAGCUUGACUGGGCACCACCCGAGUCAGAUAUUGAAAAAUGUAAAAUGAGAUCAAGUGAAAAAGAUGCACCCAACUGCCACAACUACAUCCGGGUGUUGCAGCCCCUCGAUGCCACCCAGCUGUACACAUGUGGGACCCACGCCUUGAAGCCACACGACACCACCAUCGGGACGGAAAUGUUGACACAAGUCAGAAGUCCUGCCAUAGCUAAAGGUCACUGUCCAUACAGUGCGGUGGAGAGAAUCGCAGCAGUAUCAGUAGAUGGCGAGAUGUAUGUGGGUACAACAUCUGACUACGCUGGCAGAACACCAAGUUUGUCACGAUUCCAAAGCAAAGGACGUGUGGACGUGAGUCUGGACAGCGCAGCGAAAAGUCUAGUGGAACCGACCUUCGUCAAGUCCUCUGCCAUACCCGGUCAAGAGAAGGUCUACUUUUUCUUCACCGAGACAGGACAUGAGUUCCAGUUCUUCAACAAGCUGACUGUGUCUCGAGUGGCACAGGUCUGCAAGGGUGACACUGGAGGAGAGUUAACAUUGCAAAAACGUUGGACCACGUUUGCCAAAGCUCACCUCGUCUGCAAGCAAGGAGACGAGCUCCCAUACAACAUCCUGCAGGACAUUGUGCACAUCCCUCCUCUGGACCAAGAGUCCUCAGAUGAUGUUACCUUCUAUGGCGUCUUCAGCUCCCAAUGGUCACUGGCCUCAGGGAUGUCCGCUCUCUGUGCCUUUAAGCUGUCGGACAUCAAAGAGGCCUUCUCAGGAAGCUACCGCACCUGGAGCCCUGAGGGAUACACUAAACAGACAGACAAAACUCAGUUUGGAAAGUGUGGCCUGUUUAAAAAUGAGAGCCGGAGGCUGGAGAUGGUGAAGAACACUUUCCUGACUGAGAGUAGCGUGCAGGCCGUGGGCAACAACAUGGUGCUGCUGUCUCCAGACCAGGCGUACAGUCGUGUAGUGGGCCAACAGACCCGCGCAGCUGAUGGAACCGUCUACACUGUCCUCUUCCUACUCAGUGAGUCUGGACACCUUCACAAAGUGGUGCUGCUGGACAGUGGUCCUCACAUCAUCGAGGCCAUUCAAGUCUUCAAAACUGCCCAGAAAGUGAAAAAUAUUGUUCUAUCAUCAUCCUCGGGUAUGGUGUUUGUGGGGUCGUCAGAGGGGGUGUCCCGGGUGCCGGUGUCUAACUGUCAUUUCUACAAAACGUGUGCGGACUGCGUGAUGGCGAGAGACCCCUUCUGUGCCUGGGAUCCCACCAAAGCCGUCUGUGCCACCUUGUCCACUGAUGGCGCUAUAGCUGACGUGCGUCAAGAUGUGGAGAAUGGAGAUACCACCAAGCAAUGUGAAGGCACUGUCUCCCAGCAAGGCCCUCAAGAAAAAGUUCUCCACCUGGAGGUGAACAGGCUGACGGUGUUGCGCUGCCCCAAGCCCUCCAGCCAGGCCCAUCUCAGUUGGAGGUUCUCCAACGGCUCCCAGCUGCCCUGCUCCCUCUACCUGCAGACGGACACGAUGCUGGUCUUCGUGGGCACGCCGCUCACCGUCGGCCGCUACCACUGUGUGUCGACGGAACGCGGCCAGGAGCAGACGGUGGCCAUCUUCACCGUGGUGCAGGGCGUCACCCCUCGCACCACGGGCGCCGCGGGCAACAGCUGUGGUGCCGGUGCCGGUGGUGGUGGACCAACCACGGUGGGCAAAGGCCCAAAGACCACAGCGACCACGAAGACGACGACGAAUGGGGCGGAGGGCGGGAAGGCGGUAGUGACAUCUGGGCAGAGGCCUGGCACGUCGACGGGCGGCACUGGCAGCACGGGCGCCACACCUGGCAACGUUAGGUCCACCCAGGAACCAGACGGAUACGUCAUCACCACGCAGCUGGAGGACGUGGCGCUGCGCAACGCACACAAAAACACCCACACCGCAAAGGACGGGGGCGACGACCCGCAGGCCACUUCGGAGCCACAGAGCUUCUACAGUCAGCUGGUGGUGGUCUCAGUUCUGCUGGCGCUGUGCCUGUUGAUGUUGGGCGCCCUCUACUGGUGGCACAGGAGAAGUGCCCACUAUGCCCCAUCGGGCACUGCGCAGGAGAAAGACCCCUCUCUGGAGAAAGGCGAGCCUUGAGGUGUGAUAGAGAGUGGUGUGCAUUGGCACUGCCCUUAUGAUUCGAUUCGAUUCGAUUAUGGUUCAGGAAGUAACGAUUCGAUUCAAAUCGAUUCCGUCCAAUUCUACGAUGCGUUGCAAUUAUAUUACAUUUCUAGGCACAUUUUUCAUCAGUCAAGAGGCAAUGCAAGCUUUCAGGUAGGCCUUCUGAAUAACAUUUUAUCAUUGACUACUGUCUGUAUCAGUCCUGCAGUAUUCGAUGCUUUGAAGUGUUUUAAUUUAAUAUAAAGUUAAUUUGCUCCGGAAAUGCCUAAGGAAGUAAUUGAAAAAAUAUGCCGCAUCGAUUAUGGCAUUUGCUGAACCGAUUAUUGAAUUGUCCUGCCCUGUAUUGCGAUGCAUUCCUGAAUCGAUUGUUGUUGACACCUAGUGACAGAGCAGGGGUUCCCAAACUUUACCAUGACAAGAACCCUCAUGUACCGCUAGACUGCAGCCAAGAACCCUCAUGUACCGCUAGACUGCAGCCAAGACCCUCCUGCAUGGGCCGCCCGUGCCGCACUAUUUUUUCUGUGCACCCACUGUCACAACUUCAUGGAGUUGGUGCAUUAUUAAACCCAUUCCAAUCAGAAAAACUGCAGUAUAUGAACAUUGCAAAGAAGAAUAUGAUAACCCUAGACACAACCCUAACCCUAGACACAGUCACAGUGCAUCCUCUAUUAGUCUACCCUUGUCAUACUGUAUCAUGCCCGAACAGAAGGCAGCGCGUGGACAUUAGGUUAAGUCU